UAUAUCUGGCCACCGUCAAUCUCCAUCUGUGACUUUAUCUCCAUCUGUGACUUUAUCUCUAUCUGUAACUUUAUCUCCAUCUGUGAUUAUUGAUACAAGCAUCUGUAAGAAACUAGACAGAUCACUUGGAUCAACAUUCAAUUAUUACCGUUAGAGAAGCAAAGAAGUUACAAGCUUUGAUGUUAUUUGAGAAUCCAAAAUUGCUAAACUGUUGACAGGGAAGAUGAAAUCAGCACUGCUCAAGGCUCUGACUGCCUUGUAAGUUGAACACCAUUGUGGCCGACUGUAACCUGAUCUCCAACACACUGCAGUAAUUACAAGGUGCAUGCAGGGAAACAUAGAGAGAGAUUUGUAAUUAGACCUGUCUAUAAAAAGAGCCAGGCAAAGGGCGAGGUCCCCACACAGAGAGAGAGAAAGGGGGAGAGUCAGGCCAAGGACACCCAGCUUGAAGGGAGGGAGGCUGUCUGGAGGCAUAGGAAGGAGGCUGUCUGAAGACAUAGGAAGGAGGCCUACUGGAGGCAUAGGAAGGAGGCCAACUGGAGGCAUAGGAAGGAGGCCAACUGGAGGCAUAGGAAGGAGGCUGCCUGGGGGCAUAGGAAGGAGGCCAACUGGAGGCAUAGGAAGGAGGCCAACUGGAGGCAUAAGAAGGAGGCUGCCUGGGGGCAUUGUUGAGUGUAAGUGACACCCAGACCCAGACAGCAACGACACCUAACCUGAAGGGAAGGAGGCUGCCUGGAGUCAUCAUUGGGAAGAAGAGACACCCAGACAGCUUUUGGCAAUUAGGGGACAGGAGGUGUGACCAUGGACUCCCAAGGUGGACACUACCUGAACAAGGCGGCGGUGCUGUCUCCUCUAGGAGCGGCCCGUAUGCUCCAGCUCCUACUGGGCUGCACCAUCAUAGCCCUGGUGGCCCACAGCGCCGGAUACAACCACGCCUAUGGUAUCUACUGCAUGUUUGUGUGGUGCUUCUGCUUUGCCAUGACCCUGCUGGUGUUCACCAUGGAUGUGACACGCCUCCCCUGCUGCAUGCCCAUCUCCUGGGACAACCUCACCGUGGCGUUCGCCAUGCUCGCCACACUCAUGUAUGUCGCCGCCUCCGUCGUCUACCCCGUCUACUUCCUGCGCUCCCAGUGCUCCAAGUCUGACGGGGGCUGCGAGGUGCGCAACUACCGCAUCGCUGUCACCGUGUGCUCCAGUUUCUGCUGCUUCGCCUACGCGGCUGAGGUGUUCCUGACCCGGGCCAAACCCGGCCAUGUGGUGGGCUACAUGGCCACCAUGUCAGGCCUGCUCAAGGUGGUCCAGGCUUGUGCCUGCAUUAUAUUCGGGGCCCUGGCCAACGGCAGCGAGUACAACCGCCACAUCCCCACUCAUUACUGUGUGGUGGUCUACAGCCUGUGCUUCUCCAUCACCGUGGUCGUGAUCGCUGUGACCGUGUCGGGAAAAGCCUCGGCUCUGCCCCUGCGUUUCCCCUUCGACCGCUGUGUCAUCUACACGUUCCUGGCGACGCUGCUGUACCUGAGCGCCGCCCUGGUGUGGCCUCUUCAGCUUCGACGGAAGUAUGGCACGCCGGGUCGCCCCGACGGCUGUCCCUGGGAGAACUGUCCCUGGGACAGCAAACUGGUGGUGGCGGUUUUCACCCAUGUCAACAUGGUGCUGUACUUCAGCGCCAUCUACUCCCAGAGGAUCCGCUUUGUCUCCCACUCCGCUGCUUGAGGACCCCUCCACCUCCUCACUCCACUCCGCUGCUUGAGGACCCCUCCACCCUCCUCACUCCACUCUGCUGUUGUAGGACCCCUCCACCCUCCUCACUCCACUUGCUGCUUGAGGACCCCUACACCCUCCUCACUCCACUCUGCUGCUUGAGGACCCUUCCCACCCUCCUCGCUCCACUCUGCUGCCUGAGGACCCCUCCACCCUCCUCACUCCACUCUGCUGCCUGGGGACCCCUCUACCCUCCUCACUCCUGGGGACCCCU